CCUUGACUCUGUCUCUUUUCUCUUCUUACAUUCUCUCUGUUAUUUGCUAAAGAGAGGAAAACAACCAAGAGAUGAGGGGGGCUGAGUCGUUAGUUACCUUAAACCACAAGAUUCUCAGACCAUGUAGGAAACUCCUGAUCAGAAUCACCAAGAGUUGUCCCCGACGUCAUAACCGGCAUUUGAAACUCAAGAAAGCCUCUUCUUCUUCUACUACUGCUUCAGGGAACAAGGUCACCAAAGUGGUGGCUUUGUUCUUCCUCUCCUUCCAUAAGAAGAAGCAGAAGAAAGAAAAGAUGAAGCGGCUCAACGAACUCAGGAGCUUCUCUCACGCAGUCAGUGACCAGAAGAAGGCACCAAAGCAAGAAUCAAGCAAGAAAGUUUUCCCAUCAAGACUCACAAUGUCUUGGCUAGGCCAAGGAAAGGGUAACAACAACACGCAGGAAGUCCCGCAAGAACACGAUGCACGUAGAGACAGCACAAGCGCAUUCAUUCCUUGAUUUUCAGUCAAAUUUCAUCAAUUAUGUGGAUAUUUCUAGGCUCUCUUAAUGUACAUUGACAUUGAGACCCUACACUAAUUUAUAUUACGCGAUACUCUCUAGCGCAAGAUCAAAAUCUCUGUGUUUGCAUUGUGGUCAUUGAGAAAGAUAAACAAGAUUGAUGCAUAUGACUUUGUAAUGGAGUUAACAUAUAAUAUUAGAAUCAUCAAGAAACGAUUGUAAUAUCAAGAAUCCAAAUAAUAUCGAAAACAGAGAAAGAGAAGAAGAUAGACAUUGAAAUUUUAUACAUCUA